AUGGCUUUUACAGCUGUUUCAUCCCUUCAUUCUUCCCUCCUCUUUGAGCAUUCUCACCAUCAUGGAUUUGUCAGAUAUAGGAAUAACCAAAGCUGCUUCACAUAUCAUUCAAGUUGGUGGAGUAAAAUAAGGGCUUCUUCAUCAUCUGCUGUUCCUGGUGUUGAUUUCAGUUCUCUUGAAUCUGCCAUUUCCAAGAAAGAUAGUGAUGCAGUUAAAGAAGUACUGGAUCAGCUGAGUGAAGCUGGUUGGGCCCGAAAAUGGAGUUCACAACCGUAUGUUUCACGUCGUCCGACUUCUCUACGGGAGCUGACAACUCUUGGGAUUAAAAAUGCAGAGAACCUUGCAAUUCCAAGUGUUAGAAAUGAUGCAGCUUUUCUGUUUACGGUAGUGGGAACAACUAGUUUUUUGGGUGUCCUCACGAGCCAGCUUCCCGGGGAUUGGGGUUUCUUCGUGCCAUACUUAAUUGGAAGCAUCUCUUUGAUUGUUCUGGCAGUAGGGAGCAUUUCCCCCGGUCUCCUUCAGGCAGCCAUUGGUGGAUUUUCAUCUUUUUUUCCAGAUUACCAGGAGAGAAUUGCUAGACAUGAAGCAGCUCACUUUUUAGUUGCCUACUUACUUGGGUUACCUAUCCUGGAGUAUUCAUUGGACAUUGGAAAAGAGCACGUCAAUUUGAUUGAUAAAAGACUGGAAAAACUAAUAUAUAGUGGACAACUUGAUGCAAAGGAACUAGACAGGUUAGCAGUUGUUGCAAUGGCUGGAUUGGCAGCAGAGGGUCUAAAAUAUGAUAAAGUGGUUGGUCAAUCUGCUGACUUGUUCACUCUGCAGAGAUUCAUUAAUAGAAGCAAGCCACAACUUAGCAAAGAUCAACAACAAAACCUCACCAGAUGGGCAGUCCUCUUUGCUGGAUCUCUGAUUAAAAACAAUAGGGUACUUCAUGAAGCACUAAUGGCUGCAAUGUCAAACAAAGCAACAGUUCUGGAUAACCAAUCUCUAGCUGAUGAUCCUGAAGGCGACGGCGUCAAUGGCGGCAUAGUUUUAUCGCUAUACUAUGAAUCCUUGUGUCCAUUCUGUGCAAACUUCAUAGUCAAUCAACUGGUGAAGGUGUUCCAAACUAAUCUUGCCUCAGUGGUGAAACUCAGGCUUGUCCCCUGGGGUAACACUUUUAUCACACCAAACAACUCCUGGGUUUGCCAGCAUGGCCCAGAUGAAUGUAAGCUGAACAUGGUGGAAGGCUGUGCUAUCUAUGCUUGGCCUGACCCAAGAGUGCAUUACAAGUUUAUAUAUUGCAUAGAGAGGUUGAGGAUGAACAACAAGCACAAUGAGUGGCAAUCUUGUUUCAAUACUGUACAGCUGAAUUCUAUGCCUAUCAGGAACUGCUUCAGUUCUGGUCUUGCUGUUAAGCUAGAACAAGGGUAUGCUGAUGAAACUGCCCAUCUGAAUCCUCCACACAGAUUUGUACCUUGGGUGCUCGUCAACAAUCUACCUUUGCAAGAAGACUACCAAAAUUUUGUGGGCUACAUUUGCAAAGCUUAUAGGGGUGCUGUAACACUCCAAGCUUGCAAAUCACAUUCAUUUGAGAUGGAGUCAAUCCAAGUGGCCAAUGCUUCCCAAGUCACUCCGAAAAGUUUGAGUUCAGCGUUUUCGGAAGAUUCACUGAAGUAUUCCACCGAUUCUCCUUCCAUCACGGAGGUUUCUGACGAGGACGUUCUGGCUGAAUCAUUUGAGGAAAUUCCGGAAGUUUUGGUUUCACCUAUUUCUGUCCCUGCAAACCCUACUACUGUUUUUUCAUCUGAAACAACGCCAUGCUCAUCCGUAAUCACUUGUGAUGUAUCUAAAGAUGGAGCCGCUUCUUCAACCACUCAAUCUCAGACUGGAAGGCAAGAAAUCACAACACUAUCAAGUACUGUUGAUGCUGAGGAGGUUCUAAACUGUUUGAGGGAAGUUCGGCUUCAGGCUUCGAAAGUGAAAAAGGGUUCACUUUCUAAAAACCUCUUGGAUACUUUGUUGAAUAUAGAUGCGGAAGAGAUACUUCUGUCUCCUGCAGAGAAGGACUGGUUCGAUGUGAUCCUGUCGAACAAAGGUUAUACAACAGUUCUCUGCUUCUUGCUGUGGACAAUUGUUGUGCUUGUGGUGGUGUUCAAUUCCUCUCGCAGCAAAGUCUUCUACCCCGAUGGAUUGAUUCCGACUUGA